AUGGCUCCCCGUCCACAAAAGUCGACGAGCGGCACGCCCGGCGGCGCAGGCACCCCCGUUCCCGACGAGGGUCCUCAAAUCAGUCCUGGAGGCACGUAUGGAUUGGAAGAUGUCAUUGUAGGAUGCAAAGCUUUCGUCCAAAAGCCAGACGUUGUUACAGGCGAGAUGGAGGAGAGACAAGCCGAGAUUCUUUCGAUUCGCGAGAAGCCGAAACCUCGCCUCACCAAGAAGCAGCAAGCCGAGCUGGCAGACAAGCCGGUCCCCACGUUGGAGGAGAAGCUCGAGUACUAUGUUCACUAUUGCGAGUUCAACAAGCGUCUCGAUGAAUGGGUUAGCGGCACCCGUCUCGUCACUUCCCGCGAGCUCGAGUGGCCGAAGAAGGAGUCCGCCAACGACAAGACCAAGCGCAAGGUCGUUCGGACGGGCAGCGGCACCACAACACCCUCGACACCGCUCACACCGACCGGCAAGACCAACCGAGGCGCUCCUUCCACCAACCUUCUCAAAAAAGCCGCCGCCCAGGCAGCAAAGAACGUCCAGGGCGAAGCUGGCCUCGAAACACCGCAGAAGCGCAAGGCAGGCUCUGACCGUGCCGACUCGGUCGAUGCAGAUGCCGACGGUGAAGACGAUGAAGACGGCGCUGUCGUGGCUAUGGAGAUGCUCGGCGCCAAUGACCAGGACGAGCAGGAUGACGUCGCUUCAGCUAGCAACGGCGGCCUUACCGCUUCCAUCAACGCCAACCGUCCACAAAGCAACCUCAGCAUGAAGCAAGAGAUCGAGAAGCUGCGCACGUCAGGGUCCAUGACUCAGCAAGUAGUGUCCGAGGUUGCUAGGGUAAAGAACUUGAACAAGAUCCAGAUGGGAAAGUCCGAAGUCGAAACGUGGUAUUUCAGUCCCUACCCGAUCGAAUACGCCCACAUCGACACCCUCUACAUCUGCGAGAUGUGUCUGUCGUACUUCGAAUCUUCCUUGGCCCACAAGCGCCAUCGAAGCAAGUGCACGCUUUUGCAUCCACCCGGCAACGAGAUCUACCGGCACGAGGACAUCUCGUUCUUUGAGAUCGAUGGAAGACACCAGAGGACGUGGUGUCGCAAUUUAUGUCUUCUCAGCAAGUGCUUCCUCGACCACAAAACGCUCUACUACGACGUCGACCCAUUCCUCUUCUACUGUAUGGUCAGGCGCGACGAUCUGGGCGGUCACCUUGUCGCGUACUUCAGUAAGGAAAAAGAGAGCCACGAAGGCUACAACCUUGCUUGCAUCUUGACACUGCCCCAACAUCAACGUCACGGCUACGGAAAGCUCCUCAUCGAGUUCUCCUACGAACUCAGCAAGAUCGAAGGCAAGCUAGGCAGUCCAGAAAAGCCGCUUAGUGACAUGGGUCUUGUCACGUACCUCUUCUGGUGGCGUUUUGUCAUUGUCGAGCUGCUCCUCAAGACGGAGGAGGACAUCAGCAUCGAAGAGAUCGCACAGAAGACCUCUUUCACACCUGCUGAUAUCCUCCUUACGUGCACAACGAACAACAUGAUCAAGCAAUAUCAGGGCAAGCACAUGCUCGUCCUCUCUGACGCUCUCCUCGCCCAGCACGACCGCGCAGCAAAGCGAGCGAGUCGUCGCAUCGAGCCUUCUCAGAUCAGAUGGACACCACCCCGUUUCACAAGAGGGCAGUUGAGCUUUGGCUGGUGA